AGCAGUUAGUGUACAUCUGCUUGAUUAACAAUAAAGCUUAAUCCCAAUACCAAAUGUUUAUAUUUUUAUACCGGUAAACCAUUUUCAUACUUCGUCGUUUUUUAUGUCUUAAGAACGUUGUUGCUCUUUGAACUUGAGGCUGACAGCCUUCGUGUACUAAAAUCAACGACAAUCAAGUUGGUUUUUCAACGUCGUUGCAAACUGUGAACUCUGGUGUCGCUUUAUUGUGCUCAGUGAUGCCUGCAUCUUCUUGCUUAUUUACCGAAAUGGAUCGAUCGGGGGAGGAUAAUAUAGAAACCCGCGCUUUUCAACUUGCUUACGAGCUUUCGAUGCUAAGAUUCCCCGAUUCGGCAGCUUCAGUGUCGGAACCUGAAAGCCCUUCCGAUUUCGGCCCUCUUCUCAACCCUCUCAGCACGAUUGGUCUCGAAGAAACAAGGUCCAAGAAGUCGCAAAAUAUGACCGAAUGCGUGCCGGUUCCCAGCUCCGAACACGUGGCGGAAAUCGUUGGGAGACAAGGUUGCAAGAUCAAAGCGCUUCGAGCAAAGACCAACACUUACAUCAAAACACCUGUACGCGGAGAAGAGCCAGUUUUCGUGGUCACUGGACGCAAAGAAGAUGUUGCGAAGGCAAAACGUGAGAUACUAUCCGCCGCCGAACAUUUUUCCCAAAUUCGUGCAUCGCGUAAAAGUAAUUUAAUAGGUGGUUUAAAUGGUGCACCACCCGGUCCACCCGCCAACGUGCCGGGCCAAAUAACCAUCCAAGUGCGUGUGCCGUAUCGCGUUGUUGGUUUAGUAGUUGGACCUAAAGGAGCAACUAUUAAACGCAUUCAACAUCAAACGCACACAUACAUUGUGACGCCAAGUCGUGACAAAGAACCAGUAUUUGAGGUAACAGGUAUGCCAGAAAAUGUUGAAAACGCGCGAAGGGAAAUUGAGGCUCACAUUGCACUACGUACGGGAAAUGGAGCAUCCGUAAAUGGGCUUAAUGGUUUGGGAAACUUAGAUGAGUCGACAGAUAUAUUAGCUUCGCUUUAUAAGACUGGACUAAACUCAAUUUUUAAUUAUAUUGAACCUUCUAGUAACGAUGCCUUUAGUAACAUGACAUCUUCCACUGGUAGCUCUGGUGCAUUUUCAAGUUCCGGGUCGUGUUCGAGUAGUUCUUCGAGCUCGGGCGGUCGUGCCGAUUUAGGAGCAAUCUGGGGUUCAAACGAUCGCGAUGAAGGGCUGGGCGACUCGCCAAGUUUUGAUAGUUCAACCGCCCUAUCAAACAUAUGGUCAUAUCAACCAGCACCUACCCGCCCCUCACCACCAAAUAGCACCAGUCCUGCAGAUUCUCUAUUAAGUUCGGCUAAGUGCUUAGUGUGUAGUGAAGCAAAAGUUACCCACGCGUUAGUACCUUGUGGUCAUAAUUUCUUUUGUAUGGACUGUGCCAAUCGUAUAAUAUGCCGCGAAGGUACCGAUGGUCACUGUCCAGUCUGUUCAUUACGGGCUCAGCAGACCAUUCGUAUAUACUCGCUUAAUCCCUAAGGUGUUGUAACUUCAUCACUAUUCGAUCGAUCUCCCUCGAAUAUACUAUAUUAUCCUCAUUGCGCCGCCAUCCACAUUCCCCGGAGACCGCGCGCUGUGUUCUUCAUACACGGUUCGUGUCGUGCCGUUUGGUCACAUGGUCCACAACGAAUACCUACUAGAAUUACGAAGUAUAUUUUUGUUGUUUCAUUCAUUGUUUAGAAUGUUUAUUUUUAAUGUUAGAAAUGUGCGAUUCGGACGGCGCGAGACGUACCAGUGGCGUAGUCGUCAUUUUGCCAGUUUGCAUGUUACUUUUGUUAAUCGUAACCUUAUUCUUUUUAUUACUAUUAUAGUAUUAGAUUCGCAAUCGAGUUUACUUUGUAUUUUUAUGUGUAUGCGCUUACGGUAGAAUCGUCUUCAUAUAAAUAAACCCAUAAAAGACAUAAUGUGACACAUUAGGUUAAUAUUGUUUUAUAAGAAUAAACCGUUACAUAUUUUCGUUACUUUUAUAUUUUUGUAAAUUCAUCACGUUAUUGUCAUGGUGUUAUAAAGUCUGAAUCUGAUUAUAAUUUAAGUAAUUUAAGAUAAAUUAUUAAUAUUAUUAAUCGAAAGUGGUUGGAAAUGCACAGUUCUAUGUGCAUUUCCAGCUUUCAAAACCUUACACUGAAAUGCAGAUUCAACAUUUUUCCCUCUGAUAUAGUCACAGUCGAGUUAUGCCAGGUGUAUAUGUGUUCAAAAUUUGCAUGAAAACUGUUUCAUGUGAACUAGAAUUAAUUUGAAAUUAUUUAAACACGAGUAUAAUGCGAUUGUUAGUAUUUUGGUAGGCUUUAAAAACUUAUGCUUUUGCGGUAGUCCGGUGUCACUUCUUAGGGCAAUAUUAAUUAAGAGGCAUACAUUUUAGUAGGGGAUGACUAUAUCUCGGCUGUGAUUACUACUGCCACAGGCCACUGCUAUGCUGACUGAUGUAUAUACAAGUAACUAUACAUAUCCCUUAUUGUUAGUCGAAUGUGAGACCACUCAUUGUUGCUAUUGUUCUGUUGUGUCGUGUGAUGUGAUAAUAUAUAAUUUUUAUAUUUCUUAUAGCGUAUAAGUUAAGAAAAUAUAAAAUUAUUUAUAUGUAAUUUUAUAUCCUUCAGUCAGCAUUAAAGAGCUUUUGCAAUUCUUACUUUUACGUUCACAGCCACAGCAUGCGCUGCUACUUUUAAAUAAAAACUCAGUAUUUACAUCUACAUAACAGCAUACUUCUCAAAAAUUAUUUUUUCCAUUUCCUAAGCACCAUUAGGCUUUAGUUCUCUGCAUUUUUAUCAUUAAUCAUGCACAUUUAGUACACUGUAGUACUUUCGGCUGACAUAGACCGUUUGUUAGUACUACUUACUACUAACUAUAUUGAUAUUAGGUAUUAUUAGUAAUAUUACUUUGGUAUACUGUGUUUACCUAGAGAUAUUGUAUGAUUUCGUUUUUGUUUCUAAUGUGCUAGGAAAAGAAGUAGCUAUUUAUUUACAACGUGCGAUAUAAACAAAAUGCUUAGUGUUAUGAAACUAUUUGUUGCUAGUUUUUUAUUUAAAUUAGGCACCCACAGUAUACACACACUUAUAAAAAAAAGAGAAAUAUUUUAUUUAUUUUUUUUAUUAUAACGUUAGUGUUAUAAAUUAAAUUAAUAUAUUAUGACUGCAUACAUAUAGAAAAGGCAAACGGAAUUUGUCAGUCGUUUAUUGCGGGUCUCCCCUCCCGAUGACUUAGUUUGUUUAUACGUAUACUGUAAAUAGGUUGUUGUUUUAUAUAGCUAUUAAUAACAUAUUAAUUAUUAUUUUAUUUUUUUACCUAUUUUUGUGAAGAUAUUUAAUAAUGAAUGUUAGUACAAUGCGUGCAGUCAGUAUGUGUUCACAGUUUGUGUGUGCAUGACUGUUUGAAAUACAUAGUUUAAUUAGAGUUUUUGAUUAAUUAUUAUAUAUUUAUAUUGAUAUUUUACUUAUAAACAAAUCUUGUGGUGAUUUCUUUUUGUAAUUUUGUAUUUUUUUAUUCGUUUUUGACGAUUAAAUAUAUAAGUACGUUUUCGAUUAGAAAUUUUAAAAAUUAACAUCAAGUUGCUAGGUUUGGUCAACGCUUACUUCUACAUAGACCAACAGAGUCGUGCGUCACGAUAUAUAUGUGAUAUUAAUUUAUGUAGUGAUUGACCAUAUAUAAGACUUAUUCACAUAUAUAUCUGGAACACGUUACGAAAUUACAUAGUAAAUAAUAAUUAAGAUAUUAAUGACUCUUAUAAAUUAAUUUACCAAAUAUGCGAAUAAAUUUUUUUUGAUUUAUA